AUGUGUUUUGAGUGCACAAACAAUAUAGCAGAAUACGAAGCUUGCAUCAUGGGUCUUGAAGAAGCUAUUGAUUUGAGGAUUAAAAUUCUCGAUGUAUAUGGAGAUUCUUCAUUAGUAAUCAACCAGAUUAAAGGUGGAUGGGAAACUCGUCAUCCAGGGUUGAUCCCGUACAGAGAUUACGCUAGACGUUUGCUUCCGUUCUUCAACAAAGUCACUUUUCAUCAUAUACCUAGGGACGAAAAUCAGAUGGCGGAUGCUCUGGCCACCUUGUCUUCCAUGUACAAAGUGAAUGCCCAUAAUGAAGUGCCUCGCAUCACAAUUAGGCGCCUCGAUAGGCCUUCCCAUGUCUUCACAACGGAAACUGAGAUAGAUGACAAACCAUGGUAUCAUGAUAUAAAGUGUUUCCUCAAAGAUCAUGAAUACCCACCUGAGGCAUCAAGUAAAGACAAAAAGACUUUAAGGAGAUUAGCAUUCAAUUUUUUUCUCAACGGAGAUGUUUUAUACAAAAGGAAUUAUGACAUGGUUUUGCUCAGAUGCGUGAAUAGACACGAGGCAAACAUGUUAAUGAAAUAA